GAAACCCGACCCGGCUCCCAACAACACCAGCCGGUCCAGAGAGUUUCCAUUUUUACGAUCAAGGCAGUUAAAAGUCCAGCCGACCAUCCGUUAGGCUUUAAGCUAAUUUCCACAAACACUUGCCACCACUCGUAUUUCUCAAUCUUUACCCACACCCACACCCACACCCACACCUCCCACCUCCCACCUCCUCCGCUCCCCUUCCAUCUCUGCCAACAACAAUUCCAAUCGAACUUUCCAUUGGUUGAAGGAGGAAGACGACGAUUCAAAUUCUUCUGGCCGAUUGAAAGCAAUAUCUAUGGAGUGGGAUAGCAAUUCCGAUCUGAGCUCCGAGGAGGAGGAGGACGAGGAAGGGAGCUUGAUUUUCCCUGACGACGACGACGUUUCUGCCCCUGGUUCGCUUCCGCUUCCGUUCCCCGUCGAGAAUUUGCUCCAAACGGCGCCGUGUGGCUUCGUUGUGACGGACGCUCUCGACCCUGACCACCCCAUCAUCUACGUCAACACUGUGUUUGAAAUGGUCUCGGGGUACCGUGCCGAGGAGGUUCUUGGUCGCAAUUGCCGGUUUUUGCAAUAUAGAGGACCAUUUGCAAAAAGAAGGCAUCCACUAGUAGACUCUGCAGUAGUUGCAGAAAUUAAAAGAUGUCUGGAGGAGGGUAUUGAAUUCCAAGGUGAGUUAUUAAACUUUAGGAAAGAUGGAUCUCCAAUGAUGAAUAGAUUGCGGCUGACACCAAUCUAUGGGGAUGAUGAUGUGAUAACUCACAUCAUCGGGAUUCAGUUCUUCACGGAGGCAGAUAUUGAUCUAGGUCCCGUGCCUGGCACUUCAAUCAAGGAGUCAGCAAAAUUUUCUGAUCGGUUUCGUUCUUGUCUUUCUGGUUUCCGUCCUGCUGCCUUCCUGGGGGAGCGGAAUAUGUGUCGUGGGGUUUGUGGAAUGUUGCAAUUGAGUGAUGAGGUACUUGCUCUCAAGAUUCUAUCGAAAUUGGCACCUAGAGACAUUGCAUCUAUUGGUUCAGUCUGUAGGCGGCUGUAUGAGCUUUCGAAGAAUGAAGACCUUUGGAGAAUGGUCUGCCAAAAUGCAUGGGGUAGUGAAACAACUCGGGUUUUAGAGGCUGUGCCUGGUGCGAAGAGGCUAGGUUGGGGUAGGUUGGCACGGGAGCUGACUACUCUUGAAGCAGCGACAUGGAGAAAGGUGACUGUUGGAGGUUCUGUUGAACCCUCACGCUGUAACUUUAGUGCUUGUGCAGUUGGAAAUCGUGUUGUCCUUUUUGGUGGUGAAGGGGUUAAUAUGCAACCGAUGAAUGACACCUUCAUAUUGGAUCUAAAUGCCAGUAACCCAGAGUGGCAGCAUGUCCAAGUCAGCUCUCCUCCACCUGGUCGUUGGGGCCAUACACUAUCUUGUGUGAAUGGGUCCCAUUUGGUGGUAUUUGGAGGCUGUGGAAGGCAGGGCUUGCUAAAUGAUGUGUUCGUACUGGAUUUGGACGCAAAGCCUCCAACUUGGCGUGAAAUAUCUGGGUUGGCUCCUCCACUUCCUAGAUCAUGGCACAGUUCCUGCACUCUUGAUGGCACCAAGUUGAUAGUUUCAGGUGGCUGUGCAGAUUCUGGAGUACUCCUUAGUGAUACUUUUUUGCUUGAUCUCUCAAUGGAGAAACCUGUGUGGAGAGAGAUACCAGUAGCAUGGAAGCCCCCUUCAAGAUUGGGCCACACCCUGUCUGUAUAUGGUGGUAGAAAAAUUUUGAUGUUUGGGGGCCUGGCCAAAAGUGGUCCACUUCGUUUUCGUUCCAGCGAUGUGUUCACAAUGGAUCUGAGUGAGGAUGAACCGUGUUGGAGGUGUGUUACAGGGAGUGGAAUGCCCGGUUCUGGAAAUCCAGGGGGCAUGGCUCCUCCUCCUAGACUGGAUCAUGUAGCUGUGAGCCUUCCAGGUGGGAGAAUACUGAUCUUUGGAGGGUCUGUUGCUGGUCUUCACUCUGCGUCACAACUUUAUCUCUUAGAUCCAAUGGAUGAAAAACCUACAUGGAGGAUAUUGAAUGUACCUGGGCGGCCCCCAAGAUUCGCCUGGGGACAUAGUACUUGUGUUGUUGGAGGGACAAGGGCAAUUGUCCUUGGUGGUCAAACUGGAGAAGAGUGGAUGUUAAGUGAACUCCAUGAGCUUUCACUGGCAAACUCUGUAAUCUGAUUAAGAGUAUAUGGGAACACGCUGUAACCACACAUUAGCCUUCAAGUGCAAGAUUGGGGUUCAUUCGGAGGAAUCGGCCAGGCAGAGGUUGCUGCUUCAGUCGCUAAUAGCUCUUGACAAAAGUUACUUUAGUCGGGGCUUGUUUUGGGUGUUAGAGGUAGUGCACAUUUCUUAUAUGGAAUUGUCCUGGCUCGAGAUGAACUUUCAAUAAUUUCAUGAGUGACUUGAACCAUGUUUGUUUUUUGUGAGGUUUGUGUGACUACCCUUCAGUACGGAGAGUGACUUAUUCUUCCUUGGUCAGGUUAGUAGUACAUAGUGGAUAGGUAGGUUUAUAUAUGUAGGCCUAGUCUUAUUAUACCUAUGUGUUGUUUUACGUUCUGUAAUUUGAACCAAAUGUAAAAAAUGAUGCAUGUUUAUAGUAACGUAUUGCUAGUCCUCUCCUCUAUAUGUAAUGAAUCCUUGUUCAGCUAUCCUUCAUUUGAGUAAGACAUGGCAUCCAGCUUAGAAGAUAGACAAGUAAGGAUUGUGUGGCAGAUUUGUGUAGAAGCCAGCCAAGCCAGCCUUCAACUCUGCAGAACAUGGCGGUCAUAUUUGGGUGCAGACCAAGUUUUCCGACUGAGUUUCAAGCAUUUCCAGUCUCGAAGGAAUGCGGCUUCUUUGGUUUGCUGCCCUGAAUCUUUGCUCUUUGGUUUCUCUUUGAUUCCGUGUUAUCUUACAUUUUCCUCGUUACCCGCAGCCAGAUACAUUUGUUAUAUAAAGUUGACUGCUGCUGUGACUUGAUAUCGUUUGUAUGCGCUUACCGAGUUUGUGAUUGGAAGGAAUAUGGCAUCUGCUUUUGCUUUCGCUUUGUUUUGGCAUAUGACUACUUGUGUAGUGUGAGUUAAAAGAGUAAUCUUGUAUUUUGAUAGCUUUCAUUCCACAUUCUUUCUCCCA